AUGAAGAGUAAAGCGAGAGUGAGUACUCUUGAUCCCCGGAUUGCUGAAAAACGCCGGCUAAUUGGUAGUAGUGACCCGGAGGAAGAUAAAGCAGAAAUCAAACGACACCUUGAGGAAGUAGAAGAGUUGAUACAAGAGGGGUACGCGAAGUGGGGAAGAAGGCAGAUAAAGAGGGAAAAGAAGAAAGCAAUGAAGAGAGAAUUAAAGGAAGUGAAGGAGAAGAUCAAGGAGAGAAAAAUGGAGUCGAAGAGGCUGUUGAAGAUGCAGAAGGAGGGGGAAAAGGAGUUGAAGAGGGAGUUGAAGAUGAAGUUGAAGGAAGAGAGAAAGAGAAAGAAGGAGAAAAAGGAGGGGUUAAAGAAACAGCUGAAAAUGGAGAAGAAGAAGGAGAAGAUGAGGAGGGAGUGGGAGCGAGAGACACGCAGAGAGAGUUGGAGGAUGGAGGAGGACAGCGAGGAAGAGGGCUGCGAGCAAGAGGCCAGCAUUGCCUCGGACCACGCUGUCUUCCAUUUGCCCUUACAUUGA